AUCAUUCAUCCAUUUGUGCACGUCGAGCGAACUUCGCAAAAUCGGUGCUUCAAUGUCUUAGAGUGUUCUCGAGCUUGAGCUUUCCGACGGCAAUGGAACGGUUGAAGUGAAACUCGGUCCCUCUUCAUGUUCAGUCGAGCAGCAAACUAGAUCGAACUUCGCAUCCUUUUCUUCGUCCGCGACCUAUCGGAGCUGAAGGAUCCACGAGGUCAUCUAUCCUCCCGACCCAGCCAGAGAUCGUCGGUGAUGUGGCAGGAUUCGAUGGCUUCUGGACGAUCGAGUCGGAGCAAAAAAAGCCACGAUUGCCUUUUCGACGGCGCGCUUGUGAACGGUCAUUCUACAUUGAACGUCCCGAACAAUUACGAUCGCCGACAGUGGACCGAUAUCGAUGCAUCGAGUUUUGCUAAAAACACUUUCAACCCCAUCCGAACGUUUGUCGAGGAUCCCGACCUACAACCUAACCCUGAGAAGAAUGUCAUCUCAUUGUCCAUCGGCGAUCCGACGAUAUUCGGAAAUUUGGAGCCCUGUAAAGAGAUAAUCGAUGCUGUACAGACAAGUCUCAAGAGCAUGAAAUGCCAUGGGUACAUCCCGAGCGUCGGUACGCGCGACGCUCGUCGGGCAGUCGCUCGAUAUAGUUCGAUAAAUGGACUCGAAGUCGAUCCAGCCGAUGUAAUUCUAUCAUGUGGAGCAUCGCACGCGCUGGAAAUGUGCGUGUUGUGCUUCUGCGAUCCUGGCGAGAAUAUAUUGAUCCCGAGACCAGGAUUCUCUGUUUAUAAAACGCACGCUGAGGCCGUAGGCAUCGAAACAAAGUUUUACGAUCUCGAUCCGACGAAGUCAUGGCAAGUGGACCUACACAGCCUGAGGUCUGCCGUGGACAACAAAACGCGCGCCAUUCUUGUAAACAACCCCUCAAACCCAUGUGGCAGCGUAUUCAGUAAGGAGCAUCUCCGAGACAUCCUGGAGGUCGCGAGAGAGUUUCGCUUGCCGAUCAUUGCUGAUGAGAUCUACGAGCACUUCGUAUUCUCUGGUCAAACUUACCACCCCCUGGCGUCUCUUACCAACGAGGUCCCCAUCGUGUCUUGCUCAGGGUUGACGAAAAGAUUCUUGGUCCCCGGUUGGCGAACUGGCUGGAUUAUUGUUCACGACAUAAAUGGAGCUCUUAAACCUAUCAAGAAAGGACUUGUGGCCCUGAGUCAAAAAAUCAUGGGAGGAAACGCCCUGAUCCACGGUGCUAUCGAAAGUAUUCUAGAAAAGACCCCUCAAGCCUUCUUUGAUGCGACGGUCAAAGUAGUUGAAGACAACGCUGUGUUGGCUUUCAAUGCUCUCUCCUCUAUACCAGGACUCAAGCCCAUUAUGCCCCAGGGAGCUAUGUACAUGAUGGUGGGCGUGGAUCUCGAACGCUUCAAAGAGUUCCCGGACGACACUGCAUUCUGUAAAGAGCUCUUCAGACAAGAGUCGGUCUUCUGUAUGCCCGGUAUGGCGUUCAGCUACCCGAAUUACUUCCGGAUCGUCCUCACGGUCCCACGGGAAAUGAUACUCGACGCGUGCGACCGGGUUUCAACAUUUUGCGAAGAACAUGCCAAAUAUUUCUCGUGAACGUUGCGAGCUCAAAGUUCGUGCGCACAGCCCGAUUCGUGUGACGGGACGGAUGCACCCCGCGGCUGCUGAUGAAGCCCAAGUCGACCAUGACCAGAGAAACUGGAUGAUCAGCGGAGAGCCUCAAAUUCUGCGAUUAUCGAGGCAUUCCGCGAUUUUCUCCUUUUUAAAAAUGAUACUCUACUCCAAGGCGCCAAGCUUCGUGAGCAGUCAAAGUCGUAUCGUUUUAUUUAAAACAAUCUUUGCCAGAGCAAUUUUUCUCGCAAUUGCUUCAAUAAAGUCGACUC